CACGGAAGUCAGUCCGUUCCGUUUUCUUUCGGAGAAAUAAUGUGGAACACGACCGAGUUGGAGGCGACAUCGGAUGAUAAAAAACAGCUGGUAAUACGGACGCUGACCGGCUCUUUACUCUCCCUCCUCAUCCUGUGGACGCUGCUCGGGAACAUUUUGGUGUGCUCCGCGGUGAUCAAGUUCAGGCACUUGCGAACUAAAGUCACCAACAUUUUCAUUGUCUCUCUCGCCGUGUCGGAUCUCUUUGUCGCCGUUCUCGUCAUGCCCUGGAAGGCUGUCGCCGAGAUCGCGGGCUACUGGCCCUUCGGCAGUUUCUGCAACAUCUGGGUCGCUUCUGACAUUAUGUGCUCCACGGCUUCUAUCCUCAACCUCUGCAUCAUCAGCGUGGACAGGUACUGGGCCAUAUCAAGCCCCUUCCGAUACGAGAGAAAAAUGACUCAGAGAGUGGCCUUUGUCAUGAUAAGUGUGACAUGGACACUGUCCAUUUUAAUCUCAUUCAUACCGGUACAACUCAACUGGCAUAAAGCCAAAGAUGAGGUAGGCGGCAGCAAUUACAGCACGUCGGUGGGAAAGGCGGAAAACUGCGACUCCAGCCUGAACAGAGAGUACGCGAUUUCCUCGUCUUUGAUAAGCUUUUACAUCCCUGUGGCCAUUAUGAUCGUCACUUAUACCAGAAUAUACCGUAUCGCUCAGAUCCAGAUCCGGAGGAUUGCGUCUUUAGAGAGGGCAGCGGAACACGCACAAAGUUGCAGAAGCAACAGACUCGAGUGCCAGCACCACAACACACUGAAAACGUCCAUCAAGAGGGAAACCAAAGUCCUAAAAACUUUAUCAGUGAUAAUGGGCGUAUUCGUGUGCUGCUGGUUACCUUUUUUCAUUUUAAACUGCAUGGUGCCCUUCUGUAACAGGCCAUCUGCCGACCAGAAAGCCGGUCUUCCCUGCGUAAGCGAGACGACUUUUGACGUUUUCGUGUGGUUCGGAUGGACCAAUUCAUCCCUGAAUCCAAUUAUCUAUGCUUUCAAUGCUGACUUCCGAAAAGCCUUCGCUAAUCUACUGGGUUGCCGUCAUUUCUGUUCCAGCACGCCCGUCGAAACUGUGAAUAUAAGUAAUGAACUCGUCUCUUACAAUCAAGACACUUUGUUUCAUAAAGAAAUUGUGACUGCCUAUGUGAACAUGAUCCCUAACGUGGUGGACUGUAUUGACAACGAAGACACUUUCGAUAGGAUAUCCCAGUUCUCACAUCAAAAUGAAAUUGCCACCGAUUCCGUGUGCGACUUGGAUGACUGUGAUGCAGAUAUUUGUCUGGACAGGAUAACACCAUUCACACCAAAUGGUUUACAAUAAUUGUGCAGGCUAAUUGUCCAAAACCAUUCGUAAAAUGAUAUUGUCCAGUAAUUAUAUUUAAAGUUGUUGUUAUGACAGGCACAUGGUGAUGUCGUAUUAUUGUGAAAAUAGAUCUAGGAAAAAAAUCUCUGUAGCUUAUCCGUGGGACGGAUAUGUUUAUGUCUGUUUACAUCAUUGCUUCUUAAUGGUUAAGAGUUAUUGAUUUAUUCUAAAGUUUUAAGCCAAUACGCAGUAUCGUAAGGUCAAGAAAACGCAUCAGGUUCAUUGACAUUAGUGAUUAUAAUCACUCGACAUAAGUGGCCGAUUUUAUGUAAAUGGAAGAUGGCUUUGAAGCAAAUUCGUGUUUUCUGCAGGCAAUCUAUUAAUGAAUAUAAUCCUAUUAGCCUGAUGGUGUUGAGGGGUACAAGGUGUCUGUGACAUGAAGUCCAGUAACCUAAAUGGUGCAAGCCUUACAGAAGUCAAGCAUCAUAAUGCCUUAUUUCCUGAGAGAAAGUGUGCAAUACAAAGAAAGGUAUACAGUUUUGAUGCAUUAUUAUGAGGAAUGCCAAAUAUGUAAGCGCCCUCCAAACACCGCCCUGCGAAACGCUGGCAGUUGUUUUUUGCUAAAAUAUAGACACGUGCAAAUUUUUUUUAUGAGUUUAAGCAAAUUUUCCCAAAUUCAAC